AUGAAUCAAAUUCCUUCGAUAGUCGCAGACGGUGUCCCCGUGCGUUCCCCUCCAUCCUCCUCUACUACGGCACACGGACUUUCGCUUAACACUUCGUCUGCUUUUCCAACAUACCCUGUGAAGUCUCCAAUAGGAAUGGGCAUUGCCUUAUCUCCAAGCUGCAAAUCACAUCCCACUACGCUCCCCGAUAAUGUUUUAACUGUUGACGCUACGAAUGUGGAUGAUCUUUCGGUUUACACCUCUGGAAGCUCUGAUGUUCUUGUGAUCGAUGUUCGUCCCUUCAAUUUAUACUCCGCUUCUCGCCUCAAAACUGCUCGCAAUAUUUGCAUCCCUUCCACACUCCUCAAGCGUUCGAGCUAUGACAUGGCCCAUGUCAUCAAUUCCUCUGCCUUACCUCCCGAAACGAAGAACCGACUCUUGAAAUUUAUUCCAACGAAGAUUUUAGUAUAUGACGCAUCAAGCACAAAAGGCCAAUUAUCCACGUCUUUGUUACAAACUCUUAACAAGUUCCUUAAGUAUGACUGCUUUAGUGUUGCAUUUUUGAACGGCGGCUUGCAACUGGUUGACUCGCGCUUUGUUGACACAAAGGCAACUACACCUAUGAGAUCCCCAAUAUCUCCCCAAACACCAAAUUCAGCAGUAAUGUCAAACUCUGAGUUGAUGCAAAAUGGAACCGAACUGCUUCUGCUACCUUCUGAUGCAACAUUUCUUUCCGGCUUUUCCCUCCCUUCAGCAACUGCCUCAAACCAAAAGAUGCUAAUGUCCAUCAAGAAAAACCUUCCUCGGCUUGAUACGUCCACAAACUAUAAUCACGAGUUGCGCCUACCGUCAAAAUUUGCGGAAAAAAUGCAUAAACUUCCCAAGUGGCUCAUGUUUCUUGCUGAUGGCUACGGAAGUGAAGACUACAAUAAGAGCAUCAUUAAUAAAUUGAGCGAAAAAUUUAAUAAGCUUGAGAAAUCAGAGCAGUUGCGCUUGAGCAUGGCGAUCAACAAUUAUGAUAAGCAAUCACUCUCAACUAUGCAAAAGUCUCCGUCUCACGUGCAUGACUCUCCGGAGGGAUAUUGCACCCCGCUGACAUUAUGUCCUUAUUGCGAUGAAAUUACGUACACUAUACCCAAAGGAAUCGAAUAUGGCGACAAGAACAGAUACAACAAUAUCUGGCCGUAUGAGCAUUCUCGUGUUUGCUUGGUUUCUUCUCCGUGUUCAGCUAAAAAGGAGAACGCUGAUGAUUAUUUUAAUGCAAACUACAUACAUUAUGAGAAGCUCUCUCGCACAAAAUACAUCGCCACGCAAAAUCCAUUGGAAGCUACGAAUGAGGAUUUCUGGAAUACUGUUUGGUACAAUGGGGUCAAAGGAAUUGUGUGUUUAAACAAUCCGCUGCUCAUUUCUCCGCGUACAUACUAUGACAGUGACCUGUACUUCUCUAAGGGGGAUCUUGCGGUGGAGAUUCGGCAUAAGCAGAAAUAUGAUGGUUUCACCUUCCGCGAAAUCGAAAUGACCAAGCACCAAACCACCAAGAAAACGGUAUAUCAUUUUGCAUAUUCAGACUGGCCUGACUUUGGUACUCCUGACAAUUUCCAUACCGUGUUCAAUAUGAUGCAGAUCAAGAAUGAUAAAGUCAAAUCCUUAUCAGAGCAAAAGCCACCAUCGCUGAAAAUUCCACAGGCUUGGGAUUUGUUAGUGCAUUGCUCUGCCGGAUGUGGUAGAACUGGUUGUUACAUUACGUUGGAUAUGGUGAUUGACUGCUUCGAAAAUCAUCUGGAUGGUGCCUUGGAUCCAUGGGGUGAUAUUGAUUUGGUUUACAAAUCGAUUCAGUUCCAAAGACAGCAAAGAAUAUCCAUGGUACAAAAUCUUGAGCAGUUUAUCUACUGCUAUGAGAGCAUAUUGAACUACGUAGUUGAGAAGUUGGUUUGA